AUGACUGGCCGCAAUCGAUCGCGGGCCAGCAGCGACAGCGCGUCGCCGCAUCCUCACCAGCCCGCCCAGCCUAGUACCCUGCGGCAGAGCCACACGCCCGCGAGCCGACCCGUCAGCUACGCCGACCCCGACGACGAUGACGAUGACCCCAACAACAACAACAACAACAACAAUGCCCCCUCGUUCGCCGCCCGCCGCGUCUCCGAGGCCACGCCGCUGCUCAUCACCUCGACCGAGCCCGCCGCCCACCCCGGCGAGUGUGAUCACGGCACUUUCAGCCCUCGCGCGUCUACGCCGCUCGGCACCGCCGCGCUCGAGAGCCACAUUGACCGCAUGCAAGGCUCCGACGACUGGAAGUCGUGGCUCAAGCAGCGCAUCCGCACAAAGAAGAUGGGCCACUCCAGCGAGCUCGCCCAGCGCGCCGGCGUCCGCGACGAUCCCAUCAUGUACCUGUCAUACUAUGUGCCCUGCCUGAUUUGGAUGCGCAAAUACAAGCUGUCGUAUCUCAAAGGCGACGUCGUGGCGGCCAUUACAAUGGCCUCGUUUUACCUCCCCAUGGCUCUGUCGCUCGCGGCCAACCUCGCACACGUUUCUCCGCUCAACGGCCUGUACUCGUUUGUCUUCAAUCCCUUUGUCUACGCCAUCCUCGGCUCCUCCUCGCAAAUGGUUGUCGGUCCCGAGGCCGCCGGCUCGCUGCUCGUCGGCUCGGUGGUCAAGUCCAGCGUCGAGGCUGGUGGGCUCGACGACAACGACCUGGUCCAUACGCAGAUUGCUGGCGUCGUGGCCGGCAUCGCCGGCGCCAUGGUGCUCAUUGCCGGCCUGGCGCGGCUCGGCUUCCUCGACUCCGUCCUCAGCAGGCCCUUCCUGCGCGGCUUCAUCAGCGCCAUUGGCUUCGUCAUUGCCGUGGAUCAGUUGAUUCCUGAGCUGGGUCUGGGCGAGCUUGCUGAUAAAGCGGGUGUCGGCCACAGCAGCAGCGUGGACAAGAUUGUCUUUAUCAUUGAACACUGGGAAAAAACUCAUCGUCCCACGUUUGCUGUUGCGGGCGUCAGCUUUCUGGUCAUCAUGUUUUUCCGCGAAACGAAGCGCCGCCUGGAGCCCCGCUACCCUUCAGUCGUCUUCGUUCCAGAUCGAUUCAUUGUUGUUGUCGCCUCUGCCAUUCUGUGUUGGUACUAUGAGUGGGACAAGAGCGGUGUCGAGAUUCUCGGCGCCGUAAAGUCUGCCACCGGAAACCUCUUUGCUUUCCGAUGGCCGUUUACCCUCUCUCACAUGAAGCACAUUCGCUCCGCCAUGUCGACUUCGUUCCUCAUUGCGCUACUUGGCUUCUUUGAAUCUUCCGUCGCCGCCAAGAGCCUUGGCAACAGCAGCAUCCCCGGCAUGGAGCUGAGUGCAAACCGUGAAAUGAUUGCCCUUGGUGUUGCCAACGUUGUCGGCUCUUGCUUCAUGAGUCUUCCAGCUUUUGGUGGCUACGGACGCAGCAAAGUCAACAAGACGACGGGCGGCCAGACACCCAUGAGCUCCAUCGUGUUGAGCCUCAUCUCGCUGCUCUCCGUGCUUUUCCUCUUGCCAUAUUUCUUCUUUCUGCCGAAGCCUGUCCUUUCUUCCAUGAUUUCUGUCGUCGCUUGGUCGCUCAUAGAAGAGGCACCUCACGAUAUCAGGUUCUUUGUCAAGAUUCGAGGCUGGACUGAACUGGGCCUCAUGGCCAUCAUAUUUCUGUCCACUAUUUUUUAUUCUCUGACACUAGGCAUGGCUCUGGGAGUCGGCAUCUCGCUACUUAUGGUUAUCAAGCACAGUACGCGCCCCCGUAUCCAGAUUCUCGGCCGGAUUCCCGGAACGCAGCUCUUUGAAAAUGCCGAGGCUGAGCCCCACAGUCUCGAGUUCGUGGAAGGCUGCCUCAUCGUCAAGAUUCCCGAGCCGCUCACAUUUGCCAAUACCGGCGAACUCAAGUCUCGUCUGCGCCGCCUCGAACAUUAUGGAACGCCCUCGGCUCACCCAGCGCUGCCCCGUAUCCGCAGCCAGGAUGCCAACCGCAACAUCAUCUUUGAUAUUCACGGCGUCACGUCGAUUGACGGGUCCGGCACGCAGGUCUUGGAGGAGAUUGUGCGCAGCUAUCGGGACCGAGGCGUUCGCGUCUUCUUCUCGCGCCUUCCAGGUGGCAAGACUCACCCCGUUUGGCGCCUUAUGGUUAGCAGUGGCAUCGUUGGCCUCUGCGGCGAGAGCCACUUCGUUAGAGACGUCGAGGAAGCGCUGCAGAUGACCGAGUACGAGGAAAGCGUUGAGGACUCUAGAAGCAGCGUUGCUUGA